AUGGCGCUCGUGACAGAAAUUCUCGACCACACAGAGCCAUUAUCCAACUACGGUCUCUACAUUCUUCCUUUCUUCAUUUUACUCUACCUUGCCCAACAAUAUUUUCACAAUGGCCUUCACCGUUAUCAUGGCCCAAUCUUGGCCAAGUUUACGAAUCUAUGGCGCUUCUUAGACGUGCGCGGUCGACGCCCAGAGCUCACCCAUAUAGCACUGCACCGAAAAUACGGUGAUGUUGUCAGGCUCGGUCCAAACACAUUGUCCUUUGCGUCUCCGAGUGCUAUCAAAGUCAUUUACGGGCUGAACAAGGGAUUUACCAAGGCUAACAAGUCCCAGUCAGAAUUCUACCCCGUCCAGAUGACUGUCUCAAAAGGCGAGCCUCUUCCAUCCCUUUUCUCGACCUUGGAUGAGAGCUUCCACGCCAAUCUUCGCCGAUCCGUCAACCACGCCUUCUCAAUGUCCUCCCUCGUUCAAUACGAGCCAAUGGUCAACCAAACAGUCGAGCUCUUUUUAGAUCAAACAGCAGCUUUAUUCGCUAAUUCUGGCAAGACAUGCGAUUUUGCACGCUGGCUCCAGUUUUUUGCGUUCGACGUCAUCGGCAGCAUUACGUAUAGCAAACGGCACGGUUUUAUAGAGAAGAACGAAGACAUCGACGGGAUUCUGAAAUCACUCGCUCGGAUCUUUGACUACGCAGGCCCCGUCGGUCAAAUGCCCUGGCUUGAUAAAUGGCUCUGGAAGAAUCCGAUUUAUGAUGUUUUGCAGAGAUGGGGGAUUGCGGAUAACUCGCACCCUGUGGCUAUAUUUGCGCGACAGCGCAUGAAUGAGCGUUUGAUGGCUGAUAAUGGCACCAGAACAGAGGCCGAGCAACAGCAAGACCUGCUCACGAAAUUUAUCCAAGCCGGCAAAGACCGCAAAGACUUCAUGACGGAGAAACGCGUUCUCACAAUGGCCGUCUCUAUGGCCUUUGCCGGCUCCGAGACGACAGCUAUCAGUCUCGCCGCUGUUUUCUAUUACCUGCUCAAGAAUCCCGAGUACAUGGCGCGUCUCCGAGGCGAACUGGACAACGCCGUGGCUCACGGAAUAGUGGAAAACCGGUCCUCAGGUUUAGUUACCUGGUCCGAGUCUCAGAAACUCCCCUUCCUUGACGCCUGCAUCAAGGAAGCCUUCCGUAUCCAUCCAGCUGCAGGUCUCUCCCUCGAACGCGUUGUUCCUGCUUCCGGUAUUGAUAUCGCCGGGCAUUUUAUCCCUGGAGGUACAAUAGUAGGGUGCAGUGCAUGGGUGUUACACAGGCGCGAAGAAAUCUUCGGACCUGAUGUCGAUAGCUUCAUUCCAGAUCGGUGGUUGAACGUGAGCGCGGAGAGGUUGAAGACGAUGAACGGCACGAUGCUGCAGUUUGGGGCUGGGGCGCGGACGUGCAUUGGAAAGAAUAUAUCUCUCAUGGAAAUUUAUAAGCUCGUGCCGAGCUUUUUGAGGAGGUUUGAUAUACAACUUGCGCAUGCGGAUCAAGAGUGGGAGUUGUGGAAUGCUUGGUUUGUGAGGCAGUAUAACUUUAAGACGAAGUUCACUGCUAGGAAUUUUGAAGUAUAG